AUGACUGAUCUACCCCUUCGCCCUUCAAGAUCACCACCAGAGGGCAACAAGCCAAAGCUCUCUCGCACAAGCACGCAAAAGGUGCGGACUGGCUGCAUCACGUGCAAGAAGCGACAUAUCAAAUGUGACGAGAAGAAGCCCAGCUGUGGCAACUGUCUCAAGAACAGGCGCCGCUGCGAGGGUUACAUUGAGCAGCAAUCCAAGACAAAGAGUCCUCCCGGCGUCAUUCAGUUUCGUCUCGAUUCAAAACAGGCUACACGUGCCUCUCCUUCGCUAAGCCAGAUCCGCAUCAGUCAGGACCCCCUAGAUGUGCGGGACGCAAAGAGUGUCUUGUACUUUCACGAGUUUAUCAACUUGGUCCAGGGACCUUGGUUCUCAACUGGUUCCAAUGGGGACCUGUGGACUGCGACGUUGCCUCAGUUGGCUCAUAGCAACAGCACUAUUCGUCAUGCCGCGAUAGCCAUCGGUGCCCUGAGUAAGUGGCUCACUUGCUCCAACCAUGACACACUCCGGGACGCAUCAGUACCGGUUCAGCCUGUCACUGAAGGCGAUACGCAUUACUUCCGAGCCGUGUCUCACUACUGCCAUUCUCUCAAACUUCAGAGUCAGCAACAGUCGAUGCAAGAUGCAGUCUUUCUAUCAGUCUUAUUUCUAUGCUUCGAGACACUACGAGGCCACAGCAAGGCAGCGUUGGAUCAUGUCAACCACGGUUUGGCUGUCUUGCUUGCCCUGUUGACAGACCGAGAUUCAACUCGCCAUAUAAAUUCCCUGGCUCCCAACCCCAAGCCCCUCAUAGCAACAGUUGGGGACAUCUUUACUCAGCUGGUAACCCAGGCCCGUUUCGUUCUUCGAGGAAGCCUCGGCACCAGCCCGCCGUUACCGCACUUUACCAAGGGACUCCGAGAUAAAAAGCACACGUUUGAGUCCUUCAUGACUCUCAUAAGCCAGCUGCCCCGUGGACCGGCAACCAAGGGGAACAUUCCCACUCUAUUCAAUAGCCUGGACGAAUUCGAGCUGUACUUGAUCAUCGCUCGACGGAUAAGGCCUGAAGUGGGCAUCAUAUCCAUUGAUAUUGUGCAGAAGUCGGGGAUUCUUCAUUCAAGUGACCCAUUCAUCAUCACCGCCUUUUGGCGCGCUCUCACAAGCGAUCCCCGAAUCCAGAAGGUCUGCGAUGAGUUAUCCGCCGAGAUGCGGGCCUUGGAUGCCGCCUACUUGCCUCUAUUCAACCAAAUCAUCAUGUCCAAUCAAGACUCUCCGACUUAUCUGAGAGCCAUUCAUCUACGUCUACAGUUCCUCGAUAUCUACACAUUUGAAAAUCCAACACACUACCACGACCUCAACAUAUUAAAAACUCAGACCCCAUUAUUCCGAGAGUAUCUUUCCCUGGCAAACAUAGCUCUACGCAUUGCGAGACAGAACUUGAAGAACCCAGCACAGCGGCUCUCGCUACAGUGCGGCCUGUCAUGGCACCUACUCCUCGUGGUCUUCUUCUGUCGUGACCCUCUGCUGCGUGACGAGGCCAUCUGGAUGCUUAAGAGUUACCCAGGUCAGGACGGGCUUUGGAACGCGCAGUCCAUGUAUGUGUUGGCCCUGAGGACCAGGGAGUUGGAGCGAACCAAUUCCGUCGAGGGAACACCUACAGAACAAUGGGAACGCCUUUGGAGACGAGAAUACCUCUUUGAAGAGGGUGGAGAGCGUGUUGUAUUCUGUUUCCUCGACAAGAACGAGGCAACUGGCGAGUGGGAGGUUGUUGAAGAGGUGGCAGAGGUUCGCGGAGACCUUGAUAAUGUGCCCUGGAAGAGGCGGCCCCUUACAUCGUCUGGGAGGCUGCUUAUAUCAGAUAUCAUUGUUCUUUGA